AAUCGAUAGUGCGCGUGAAAGAAUAUUUUCUGCAAACUACACAACGAUGCCGUCGUUAGUGAACGAAAGUCCGGCGCCAGAGAAGAACAUCAGACGGUUUGUGGGCAGACGAUCCAAGGCUCAGGGUGAGCGGGGAUCGUCGUCUGUUGUUCCGCGCAUACCAAAAACACCAAAGGCACCACUACUGAACCAGAUACCGCAAGAGAUUUUGGAUAAUGAAGAGUUAAAUGCUGCUAUUGCUCUGCUUCCGUCGAACUAUGACUUUGAGAUUCACAAGUGCGUUUGGAACAUCAAGCGCUACAACUACAAACGGGUGGCGCUGCAGAUGCCUGAAGGACUCUUGAUCUUUGCAUGCGUUGUGUCUGACAUUUUGGAACGAUUCUGCGAUGUGGAAGUUGUUAUCAUGGGCGAUGUAACGUACGGUGCUUGCUGUAUUGAUGAUUAUACUGCGCGUGCUCUAGGCUGUGACCUGCUGAUACAUUAUGCGCAUUCGUGCCUUAUCCCAGUUGAUGUCACACAAAUGCGAGUUCUCUACGUUUUUGUUUCGAUAACUGUCGAUGAACGUCAUCUUAUUGCAACCCUCAAAGAGAACUUCCCCGCACAGUCGCGGAUAGCUCUGGUGGGCACAAUUCAGUUCAACGGCGCUCUUCAUGCUGCUCGAUCCGCUCUGGAGCGUGACAACGACACAAGUAUUUAUAUCGAAGUUCCCCAGAUCUCGCCACUCUCGAGGGGUGAGCUUUUGGGCUGCACAGCUCCACGGAUAGAUGGGAAAUCGGUCAAUGCGAUAGUGUAUGUGGGUGAUGGCCGGUUUCAUUUGGAAGCUGCGAUGAUCCAGAAUCCUGGACUCGCGGCGUACAGAUAUGAUCCGUACUCCAGAAAGUUCACGAAAGAAAAAUACGAGCACGAAGAAAUGCUGAACGUUCGGCAAGACGCCAUUUCUGUGGCUCGAGGGGCAAAAAGAGUAGCCAUCGUACUUGGUACUCUCGGACGCCAAGGCAACUACAAUACGUUUGAAAAGAUCAAGCGAGACUUGCUGGACCGAAAUGUCGAAUAUACACUCAUCUUGCUUUCCGAGAUAUUUCCGCAAAAACUGGCAGAGUUUGAGCACAUUGAUGCCUUUGUCCAGGUCGCAUGUCCUCGCUUGUCCAUCGACUGGGGUUAUGCCUUUGCGAAACCUCUGCUGACUCCCUAUGAGGCUUCAAUUGCUUUUGGCGAUGAGAAAUUAUGGAGUAGCCUCGUCGACACCAUAAAUGGAGAGGGUGAAGGUUAUCGCAUGAAUUAUUAUGCAAAGGAUGGCUUAGGUAGAACGAGGGCUAUCCCCUGAAGGGAUAGAGAGCAGAAAAGUAAUCGUCAUUAGUUAUGAGAAAUUAAUUAAAUAUG